AUUGUAGCGUACGUCGUCCGCGUUUUCUCUCUCUCACUCUCGCGCUUAACGUUCAGCAUUCGGUGCUCUUAUCUUAUUUUUUUUUCAAUUUAGACACGUCAAAAACAACACAAAAUCGCUAAUCGUUAAUUUUCAUAAAUAAUUUUAUUAAUUUAUUAUUAAUUUCGGAAAGUACUGCGACUAUUACACGGAGCCGAAAGAAUAAUAAUUUAAGGCGAAGGCACCCACAUUAUAUUCAUAAUAUUUUCUUGGAUUUUUUUUUUUUUUUUUUAUCACGAAAAUUUUUGACGAUUAAAUACUAAAUAGUGGAUACUCAUUACUCGUCCAGAUUUCAAUAUAGAUCGAUGUGCUAGUAUUAUAACAUAUUGAUACAAAUAUUUAAUAUCGAUUUAUUUAAAUUGACAAAAUAAAAAACAUGGAAACUACAAGUACUACUACAAAUACUUUGCAGUCGGAACUAUUUCUAGAAAUGAACGAAGAACAUGAAUCUAGUGAUACUCAUGAUAUUAAAAGUAUUAGGAGCACGUUUAAAUUUAAAUAUCUACCAAAUAAACCUUGCCCAGAACAAUUGUCCGUAGAUGAAGAUGGAGAUCUAGUAGUUCGAAGAAGUCCGCUUGCCAAAGGCAUUAUAAUCGAGCAUAUAAAUCGAACUUCAUUAAAUAUGGUCGGUAUGCAAGUAUGGCGAAGCGCGUUAUUAAUGGGUGACUUUAUCCUGGAAAAUAGUGAUAUUUUCACCAAUGAUCAAGUUGUAUUGGAACUUGGCUCUGGAGUAGGAUUGACUGGUAUUGUAGCUGCCAUGUAUUGCAAAGAAGUAAUUUUUACAGAUAUCAAUAACAAAGAUAUAUUAUCAAUGAUUGAAAAAAACAUAAACUUAAAUCAAGAUUUAGUCGUUAGUCGCACAACAGUUUUGCCGCUGAAUUUCAAUGAACCCGAAUUAUCUAAUGAAUUAUGUGAGAAGUUAAAAGAUUUACAAAUUUUAAUUGCUGCAGAUGUGAUUUACGAUAAUUACAUAACUGAACAAUUUGUCAAUACCCUUAAAAAAAUAAUGGCAAUAUCUCCUAGAAAAACCGCCUAUAUAGGAAUGGAAAAGAGGUAUGUAUUUAGUUCAGUCGAUUUGGAGGUUUGCGCUCCAUGCUACGAAUACUUCAAUGAUCUAUUAUCACAAAAUAACAAUUGGUGUGAAGUACAACUUUUAGAUUGCAAUUUUCCUCAAUAUUUUCAAUACAACAAAGCUAAAGAACUAGUUAUAUUCAAGUUAACAGCCAAUAAUUCUAUGUAAAAAAAAUUUGUUAACGAGUUAAAAAUAAAAAGUCGUUACGUCAAAAUUGGCCAUUGAGUAUUUGGAUAAGCAUUAUUUAACCAAACCUAAUCAUUUAAGAAAAAUGGUA